CGGAGAUGUAAAACGUUUUACGGUAGUUAUUUUAAUAAAUAAAUAGAAUAAAAAAAGCCCGCAAUACGAUAUUUGUUAAAUAAUGUGUGUAUAAAUCUCAUUAGUUGGAAAAGGAAAGGAGAAAUAGCAGUGGUAACCUUUUGCGGUUCCGAACUGAAAAUUUAAUAGAUUCUAAAUGCGUAUUUCCUCUUUCUUAAUGGAAUAAAUCGUAAGGAAGCAAAUAAAAUGGCGCCAAAUACUACAGAGGAAAGAUGUCUUCGGCCCACAGAAGGUGAUUUCGAAAAGCUAAUAGCACCACAGGCUGCACCUCGGAAGUAUCAAAUAGUAUACAGGAAUAUAAUCACCUUUGGAUACGGUCAUUUAGCAGCAUUGUAUGGCCUAUAUCUGGGCCUUACUCAAGCAAUGUGGAAGACUUUAUUUUUUAAUUACAUACUAUUCGUGCUGGCGGCUGUUGGAGUGACAGCGGGGGCGCAUCGGCUGUGGACGCACAGAGCAUACAAGGCAAAAAUGCCCCUACAGAUUAUCCUAAUGUUCAUGAACAGUCUGGCAUUCCAGAACACAGCCAUCGACUGGAUACGAGAUCACCGGAUGCACCAUAGAUAUAGCGACACAGACGCAGAUCCUCAUAAUGCUACUCGUGGUUUUUUCUACUCCCACGUAGGCUGGCUGCUUGUAAAGAAGCAUGAAGAGGUAAAAAAGCGUGGCAAGUUUAUUGAUAUGAGUGACAUCUAUGCAAAUCCUGUACUGAUGUUUCAAAAGAAGUACGCCAUACCAUUUAUUGGUUCUGUCUGCUUUUUGCUCCCAACUUUAGUACCGGUCUACUAUUGGGGUGAGAGCUUGAAUAUCGCCUGGCACAUAUGCCUCUUCAGAUAUAUCUUCAAUCUGAACACAACCUUCCUAGUUAACAGCGCAGCUCAUCUCUGGGGAUACAAACCUUAUGAGAAAGGUAUAAAACCCGUCCAGAACAAAAUAGUCACCUUCAUGGUCUUCGGAGAAGGGUUUCAUAACUACCACCACGUAUACCCUUGGGACUAUCGCACAGCCGAGCUUGGGAACAACCGAAUGAAUUUUACAACGUUAUUUAUAGACCUCUUCGCGAAGAUAGGAUGGGCGUAUGAUUUGAAGUCUGUGCCUGAAGGGAUGAUAGAAGCACGAGCGAGAAGAACUGGUGACGGUAGUGAUUUGUGGGGGAAAAUUAGGGCAGUUUAAAAAUAAUUUAGUUCUCCAUUCGGAAUACUCUAGACGCGUUUAUUGAUAUAAUCCAGGGUAUAUAUUAUAAUUAAUACUAUAAACGCUGUUGUGAUGUAGAAUUCUUA